AUGGCGAGCUCAACUGAAAACACGGCGUCUCCGCGAAAGACGCCCAUUGCUGCUCCGACUGCGGACAGCAAGCCGGCCCCGAGACCCGAGCUGACGGAUGAGCAAAAGACAAAGUACGAGACGCUUCUUGAGCACGCUAGGGGCAUCACCGAGAUCCAGUGCGAGAAGCAGGCCGACAAGGAGGACAAGUCUGGUCCCAUCACUGACCGUGAGAGGGCCUGGCUGACGCGUGAGUGUCUUUUGCGGUACCUCCGGGCGACAAAGUGGUCGGUCGACGACUCGGCCAAGCGGCUCCGUGCCACGCUCGCCUGGCGCCGCGAGUAUGGGCUCGACGACUUCACGCCCGACUACAUCUCUCCGGAGCAGGAGACGGGCAAGCAGAUGAUUGUCGGGUUCGACCGGCAGGGCCGUCCGUGCCAGUACCUCAACCCGGCGAGGCAGAACACGGACACCAGCCCCCGACAGCUGCACCACCUGUUCUACAUGGUGGAGCGCGUUACCGACCUGAUGCCUCCAGGAGUUGAAAUGCUGAGCCUCAUGAUCAACUUCAAGCCUAGCAAGGAGCGCAAGAACACGAGCGUGCCCGUGUCGACGGCCCGCGAGGUGCUGCACAUUCUGCAGAACCACUACCCGGAGCGUCUGGGCAAGGCCCUCAUCAUCAAUGUGCCGUGGAUCGUCUGGGGCUUCUUCAAGAUCAUCACGCCCUUCAUCGACCCUGUGACGAGGGAGAAGCUCAAGUUCAACGAGGACAUGAAGCAGUACGUGCCCCCGGAGCAGCUCUGGAGCCUGGACUGGGGCGGCGACAUGGACUUUGAGUACGACCACGCCGCGUACUGGCCGGCUCUGAAUGAGAUGUGCAAGCAGCGCCGCGAGGAGAGGUUCCGCCGGUGGGAGGCUGCCGGCAAGGAGGUGGGCGAGUCGGAGGACUACCUCGCCGGCGGGACCGACGUGAGCGUCAAGGGUGUCAAGUUUGGAGGUGAUGUUGAUGGGGUCGCUGAGAAGCUGGCCGAGACUGGGCUUGAGAGUAUCGCGGAGCAGCCUGCUGUCGUGGCAUAG